AGGACCGGAGCGGAGCGGCGGAGGCCGGGCAGCGCGGGCUCCUCUCUCUGCUGGGCCCCAGCCCCACCCACACCCUGGACAAGACACCCCCGAAACGGAAAACCAGGACUGAGUUUGCCCUAAAAGAAAUCAUGUCCUCAGGAGGAGCCGAGGAUGAUAUCCCUCAGGGAGAGAGAAAAACGGUCACAGAUUUUUGUUACCUUCUGGACAAAUCUAAGCAGCUCUUCAAUGGGUUAAGGGAUUUACCACAGUAUGGACAAAAGCAAUGGCAGUCUUAUUUUGGGCGGACCUUUGAUGUUUACACCAAACUCUGGAAGUUUCAGCAGCAACAUCGUCAAGUUUUGGACAAUCGGUAUGGCUUGAAGCGGUGGCAAAUAGGAGAAAUUGCCUCUAAGAUUGGGCAGCUGUACUACCACUAUUACCUCCGCACAUCUGAAACCAGCUAUCUGAAUGAGGCCUUUUCCUUCUAUUCCGCAAUCAGACAGAGAUCUUAUUACUCUCAAGUCAGUAAAGAAGACAGGCCUGAGCUGGUGGUUAAGAAGUUACGUUACUAUGCAAGGUUUAUAGUGGUUUGUCUUCUUCUCAACAAAAUGGAUGUCGUGAAGGAUCUGGUAAAGGAAUUGUCAGAAGAAAUUGAAGAUUACACCCACCGCUUUAAUACUGAGGAUCAGGUGGAGUGGAACCUGGUGCUUCAAGAAGUGGCUGCUUUUAUUGAGGCAGAUCCUGUCAUGGUUUUAAAUGAUGACAACACUAUUGUUAUCACCUCUAACCGUCUUGCUGAAGCAGGGGCCCCCCUGCUGGAACAAGGGAUGAUUGUGGGACAGUUGACUCUGGCCGAUGCCCUCAUUAUUGGUAACUGCAAUAAUCAGGUGAAAUUCAGCGAACUGACCGUCGAUAUGUUCCGAAUGUUACAAGCCCUGGAAAGGGAACCGAUGAAUUUAGCUUCACAGAUGAACAAGCCGGGAAUGCAGGAAUCAGCUGAUAAACCUGCCCGGCGAGAGAACCCCCACAAAUACCUCCUAUAUAAACCAACUUUCAGCCAACUGUACACGUUCUUAGCAGCAUCUUUUAAGGAGCUGCCAGCCAACAGUGUUCUUCUGAUUUACCUGUCAGCUACUGGUGUAUUUCCAACAGGUCGUUCUGAUAGUGAAGGUCCAUAUGACUUUGGAGGCGUCCUCACCAACAGUAACCGGGAUAUUAUAAAUGGGGAUGCCCUCCACAAAAGGAAUCAGUCCCAUAAGGAGAUGCACUGCCUACAUCCUGGAGAUCUUUAUCCUUUCACAAGAAAGCCCCUAUUUAUCAUUGUGGAUUCAUCAAACAGCAUUGCCUAUAAGAAUUUCACAAACUUAUUUGGUCAACCACUGGUCUGCUUGCUUUCUCCAACAGCAUAUCCAAAAGCAUUACAAGAUCAGUCUCAGCGUGGUAGCCUCUUCACCCUAUUUCUGAACAACCCUCUUAUGGCCUUCCUGUUUGUCUCUGGAUUGUCCAGCAUGCGCAGAGGCUUAUGGGAAAAGUGUCAAGAGUACCUUCGAAAAAUCAACCGGGAUAUUGCCCAGCUGCUGACCCACUCACGCUCUAUAGAUCAGGCAUUUCUCCAGUUUUUUGGGGAUGAGUUCCUCCGCCUGCUACUCAUACGAUUUAUCUUCUGUUCAGCCACCAUGAGGAUGCAUAAGAUUUUCCGGCAGGAAACACGAAAUUAUCCAGAGUCGUACCCCCAACUGCCGAGAGAUGAAAUAGUGGAAAACCCUCACCUCCAGAAGCAUAUUUUAGAGCUAGCAUCCAUCCUGGAUGUUCGAAACGUGUUCCUUGAAAACACUAUAGAUGACUAUUAAUUGGACUUUCUGGUUAAAACUCUGUUUCAUUACCCACAGAUUUUGAAUGGUGCAGUUUUCUAAUGUGAAAAUACCCAGUAGAAGUUACUUGAUUUUUAUUUGUAAAUCUAGGACCAUCAUUUUAAAAAUAACUCAUAGCAGUGCUGUUGUAACCUGUAAAGUAACUGUUUUAUAAACAAUGCUCUUCAGCCCUUUUAAAUGUUAGGUUAAAAUAAUCCUGGGAAUUUUAUUAUGGCACGUUGGGUGGAAGUCAACCCCAUCUCCUGCAACCGAUCCUAAACUUAAACAAAUAAUCCGUGACCGCCUUCUCCCUAAUGAGGGUAAAUCAUUUAUUUUUAUAUGGUGAAUCCAAAAGCAAUGCUUCCCCUGAGUAUUUGGAAGAAUCUUCAGUUGUUGGCAGGGAUGGAGUCGCCCAGCACAGACCAAGGCUAGGAAUAACAGAACAAAGCCUUUUUACCUAUACUCAGCUGUGUUCAAGGCUGACUGGGCCUACACUGAGGUGCCAAGGAUUAGUGGAGAGGGCAUCCCCUGAAAUCUAGUGUCCACUAUGAAUUAGUCUCUCCAAACACCGUCAGCUUUUCAGAACUUUUGGAGAAUAAUUUGCUGAUGAAAGCAAUAUAUUUUCUUGGGAGCUUAAGGCAGCGCAUGCUAAAGUUCUGGACUUCGCGUGUCUUGAUUUGUGAAUUUGUGUGUGAGUCUUGUUGUGUGUCUGUUCUUUGCCCUAGGAAGUCAGUUGAGAACCACAGACUUGAAAUAGUUCAGUCCAAAGGGCAGAGCUUUAUGAUGCUGUCACGGCUGCAAGCAAGUGUGCAUUUAAACUGAGAUUAGUAAGUAUAAGUGGAUAGGCUGGAUGAGUUCAUCAGUGGAAUAGAUCUUCUGCUCCCUGAAUGCAACUAGAAGACAGUAGAGAGUCCUCAUCGUUCCUGUUCUCCUCCCCAAAUCCCUAAACUUUCAAAGCCAAAGCUGUCUUUAGAUUUGGGGUGGGUGAAAAAUGGGUGGUGGUGUAUCUGAAAGUCCUUUAGUGAGAAGCUUACCUAAGUGAUUUUCAGAUACAAAAGAAUCCUGCUAAAAAUCCUUUUCCCAGUUCAGACUUUUUGUGUGAAUUGGGAUGGAGAUACAUGUACAUUUCUUUUUGGGAAAAGGGAUUUUAAAUAAUGGGUAGCCGAGGGAUUUUGUAUGCUUGGACCCCCUCUGUACUGCAACCAUCCUCUUUGUGUUUAACUGCUGGACCAGUCGUAGAUCAGGCUUUUGCCUCCAUUUGCAACUCUGUUAGUGUGAGUGUUAGUGUGUGGCUUUUACAGUGCUGGAGGAUAGAAAUCCAUUCUCUGGAUGCCCUUCUACAUUAUUUUGGAAGGGGUCCAUAUUCCAGCUUCUGCAGCCCGGGAGGAAACCAGCCUGGUGACUCUUUUGGUUCCCUUUCCUCUUGUGUCAGUAAAGGGGAAUUUUUAAAAUGGUAGCAUGAUUUAAGAUCAUGGCUGUAAGUGAGGUUUGGAAUGUGCAGUUGGUGGUUUUGAAUUAUUCAAGUACAUUCACCCACCUUCUCUCUUCUAAAAUGUUGGAGGAUUCGAUAAGCAUUCCUUUAAACUUUGGCGUUUUAAAGCACACUGGCCGGAGUUAGUGUGGAAAUACAUUUAAGUUCCUGCUGGAGGAAGGAGGGGGGCUGAUUUUUUGCCUCCCAGCAAAUACGGUGGCCACGGUGCUCUCACCGUGCCUGCGUGAAAGAGUUGUGCCGGCACUGAAAUCCCUGUGUUUUCUCUGGGAGAAGUCCCAGUAGCCCACAGGGUAUCGGCAGUGUUCGCUACACUGCCCUUCCAUGCCCCUCCACCCAUGGGUCGAGCCUAUGGGUCGUGGGACUUUGGAUGGGCUGUAGGAUCUCCGCCCCUGCUGCCUCCUACAUGGGGUGAUUUGCAUGUAGUUCCCAAUCACUUCUGUCGUAGAAACAUCAAGAAGUAUGGAUGUCAGAAGCGAUGAGUGUGUAGGCAUGGUUGCCCAGGUGCUAGAGACCUGGGAAGAAUCACUAGCGGAAAGAAGCUGGCAGUGUCUUCUGGAACUACAGCUUUUUCUGCAGCUUUGCAUAUCCUUCAGAUGACAAGAGGGCAUCUACUGUGUACUCUCUAAGGCAUAAAGAGAACCAAAAUGUACUUCUAGUGAUCCCAAAUAUGAUAGCUGUCCCUACUUUAAGGGAUAAAACAGUCUAUUCUCUACAAAACAGAUUUUAAGCACAACUGUCUUGUUUCGUAUGAUAUUCGUUUUAAAUGUAUGUCAAUUUUUAACUUAAACUGACUGCCAAAAUGGUAUUUAUGCUUUAGAACCAAUGAAAUGCUUAUAUAGAUUAAUAGAACUCUUCUGUUCGAUUGCACAAAUUUACUGUUACAGAAUUGAAAUAGUGAACCCAGGGACUCAGCACUAGCAAACUUUUGUUUACUGAAGUGUGUCGGUACACACCUUAGACUAACAGAACUUGACUUUCUGCUGGGCUAUCAUCCCUUUUCUCAAGCAAGCGGUGCUCCUAAGGACAUGGAAAUGGAAAAAGCACAGCCUAAUAAAGCCCUUCUUGAAAUGCUUGCAGCCUGUAGAUGGAGAGGGCAGGACAGCCCUAAACCCCACACUCCACCUCAUUUCUCCUCUUGUAUUUGAGUUCUCUGAGACAGAUUGGAUGCAGAUUAUUUGUUUCUUUGUUGAGAUCAAGGGAGGAGCAGAGAGCAAGCCUCUUUACUUGGGGGAAGAUCAGAUUUAGGUCUUGGAAAAGCUAAAUUUGAUGCCUUUUUAAACGAAUCUCUCCCAGUAGAUCCUAGUCCGUGACAGGCCGUGCUAUCUAGUGUCCUCUAAGGAUUCUCUGUCCCCUCCGGGCGAUCUUGGAGAACGGGCUUACUGCAUUGAUAAAAUUGAUUGGAGAACUUGGCCUAUAAUUUCAGGGGAGAAUUGAAGAGUAGAAUUAAGUUGCCCUGAAAGAUCUGUCAUCAGGGUUAGUGAUCAGGACAGGUAGGCAGAGACAUAUGAUUCUGUAGGGCACAGGAUGAGUGUGGAUGUUGCCGCUUUUCAUCCUUUGUUUCUUAACCAUGAUUGGGAAUGUGUUUUCUAUUUUGUAAGACAGCAGUUAAAGAGAAAUCAGUCAAGAGAAGGGUGCAAAACCAUGGUACUUUUACAAGACGAAUGGCAAGGGGUGGAGGAGGGUGGAAACUAAGGGGAGGGUCAUGUCCAAGGCCCCUUUCAUUGCUUUAAAAGGGAAAGAGGUGAUGCUUUCUCAGUUGCACUGGUUCUUGCCCGCAUUUUCAGACCCUCCGGUCCAGAUCACUGAAAGAGGUUGUAAUAUUCCACAGCGGAGCGUAUAUGUGAACGAUACCUUGGCUCCCCUCUUAAUUGGUGGUGAUAGGUUGCUGUGUGUGUGUGUGUGUGUGUGUGUGUGAGAGAGAGAGAGAGAGAGAGAUAAAUGAGGUGUUCUUAUAAGGGACACUGAUUCUUUAGUCACCCUUAUUCUUUUGGGUUCUUUUUAAUUUUUUUUUGUAAGUUGAGUGCGUUUAUCUUUGUGAGGCUUAAUGCAAUCUAAAUGCAUAUGUAUAUAUGUGUACAUAACUGUAAAUACGUUGGGAUGAAAUGAUAAAAUAUGUGAAUAGUUAUAUCUACGAUGCCCAUUGUGGGAUAAAUAUUGAAGUUCUGUGAGGACAUUGUGGUGGCAUCUUUCAUGCUGCUGUAGUUAAAAGUGUUGGUUUUGUGCCUCUCACUGGCCUCUAUUUUAAGUGGCUUGUGUUUGGGUUUUAUGGGAUAAUUUGGGCUGCAACUAGGACUUGGAGAGCUACACCGGAGAACGUGGACUUUCACAGGUUAAAAAUAUUCCCAUUAAGUCAAUGGUAAAUUUGUGAUGUGGAUUCAGAGAGACUGGGCACAUAUUUGGAGAUUAAUCCCCAUGGUCCUAAAUCCAGGACACAGGAUGAGAGUGUUGGUGUUCACUCCUUUUCAUCCUUAACUUCUCUACCCGUCUUUGGGCUGUGUUUCGUACUUAAUACGUGAAAAACCUAGUUACUUUCAAAAGACAUGAUGAGUGGCGUGGGGAUCGGACCGAGGGGAGGGAUCACCUUCAUUGCUUUCUGGGGGGAAGAUUUCAUGCUUCCCCAUUUGCACUGAGAUUAGUGUCCUAAAGCCCAACAUUGGAUUGAACUCCAGACACUUUCCUUCAUUGCUUUGCCAUUGUUUCCCUCCAUCUCUCUGAAGUCGGUAAAGAAAAAGGUCAGUGCGUUUUCUGAGCAUUGGCUGUUACCUUGUCUCCUCCUUAGGGAAAAGUUGAGGGAAGAGUUGUUUAUUGGUGACCUAGGCACUGGUAAAAAAAAAAAUUAAAUUGCUUUUUAUCCACUAAAUGACACGUUUUUAAAUCUAUGUCUGCAGCAGCUAGUACGUGUCCUUGGCAUUUUCCCCUGCAGACUGUCUGAGGUGGAACUGGGUAUAGAAGGCAGGAAUACUCAAGUAACACAGGUUAGGGCUUCUGGGGUCUAGAAGAAAAAUGUGAAGUUGUGCCUCUGUAAGACCACUACACUCCCUAAAGCAGAUGAAAUGGAGUGCCCCACAAUCAGCUAUUAAAACCAUAGAUUCUGCACUCUGCCUCACUGGAAUUACUGGGCUUUUAUAAAGGGGACAUAGGUGUAAUAAUCGAUCAUAUUCGUAUUUUGGGAACCUUCACCCAUCCUUGUUGGUGUGAAAUAAUCGGAACACACAGAUUUGAGUCAUUUAGUAGAGGCCACUGUAUCUUUGGGCAGUCUGUUUAGCUGCAUAAAAUCACUGGUGGAAUUUGCAGUGUACAUUGGGUAUAAGUGGAAUGCCUUUAUUAUGACACUUAAAGUGAAAACCAGCUACCAAAACAGGCCAAGCUUUUUUCCUAUGUUCAAAGACAACUGGAAAUCAUCUGUGUGAUGAUCUCCGGAAUAUUGAAACAAUUCAAGUGUAGUAUAGGAUGUUCCUAAAUGAAAUCAUUCAACUUGGAAGUCAAAUUUCACAUCCAAAAUGUUGCCCUCACCUCACUGUGGUACUCCUAGCAGAUGAGACGUCCUUUUGCUGCAUUUUCUGUUUUUCAAUUAAAAGUAGGAAUUUUCCAUAAAUUUUACUUGAUUGGUUCAAACGAAUGUUAGAAUUUGCAUGUACAGUUUCCGGAAAUCAGAUGAAGCAUCCAAAAAGUCACUUCAAGUGUGUGCGUUCUUAAAGCAAAAUCUAUCUUGGCAAUGUAAGACCUAAGAAAUGGAUGAUGUUUCAUUUAGACCUCAUUGCAGUGGAUCAUCCUAGGUUUUGAAGCCAUUAACUCCAAAAUAUGUCUGACAGACUAGUUGUUGAGUUGGUGAUGACGCAUAUUGAGGAAAUAACAGAAUAUGGUGGUACCUAGACUUUACAGCAGUUGCCUGGGAAACCAGGUUAUGUUUCCUCAAAAUGACUUCAUGUACGUAUGUAAACCGGUGCUUUCUACUUGUCAAUUUAGUUACCUCCCAUUCUGCCCAGGUACUGGAACCUCCUGGGUCCUCCAGGUGUUGCACGUGUAAUGUUUUUUGUUUUUUUCUAGAAUCAAGUUAAAAAUAUAAAAAUUGAGGUGACCUCGGCCCUCUUAACAUGGGACAGCUAUAUUAAUACACACCACUGUUGCAGGAUGCCCUGUGUUUCAUGACUGGCGAGGGCUGUGAAGGAAGGGAAAAGAAGAGUCAAAAGAACAAUCUUCUAGGAAAAAAACGUGUUGUUAAAAUGGGUCUCGUUUUCAGCAUCCUUGAAAUGUGUUUUUUUCUUGGAGCUCUGUAUUAAUCUAGAAUACAUUAUUUGUGGCUAGGAUUAUUCGUAAUUGUUUUUUGCCUUUGAAUUGGGUAAAAAUAGUUAUUUAUGGUUACGAUUGUUAUCCUUAUGUUUUUUCGCUUCUGAACCGGGUAAAUCCUUGGUACUGAAUUUACCAGAACAACUCCAUUUGUACUUGAGAAUGUUACCUGAACACUUGACUGAAGAUUCACUCCUUAAUUUUUAAUAGGUAUUUUAUAUUUUCUUUGAAACGGAUUUAUUCCUUAUCUGUUUAAUAUAAGAAAUUGCAUUUGUAAAAAGACAAUUGUGUCGUUCAUUUUGCUUGUCCUUUGCAGGUGAAACCUCACCCGUAGUUAUUGUCUGUCUCUAUGCCCGAUUGAAUUCUUUGAAUCUGUAUUUGGUGGUAGUACUGUUUUGCAUUUGAGUUUCCUUUCCCCCUCUCAUGGGACUUUUCAUCCUGCCCAUCUCCUCAGGUAACCGGCUUUGAGGGAGAUCACUUGCUUCUUAAAAUAACAUUGAUUUCAAGAUUCAGAAUCUGACCUUCCAGAAAUGAGUGAUUUUUUAGUUAGUCAUAUUUGAGCAUUAAAUAUAUUGUAGGAUGCUCGGGGAGAAAAGUCAUAAAGGAGUCUUUCCUUCAGAUCCCCAGUAAAUUUGACCUCAAAUUUAAAGUGUUUACACACUUUCUCGAAAGUACAAAAUGAUAAUAUAUGGGAAGAUCAUAGAAGACCAACACAAGCAUUUCAGAAAUGGCCACUUGAUUAGGCAUUAUUUCCUGAGAUUUUUUUUUUCUCCAACCCCCAAACUAUAACUGGUUUACAGAAGAAAGAAUGGGAGAGAGGGUGCUGUUCAGAGAUGUUGAUAAUAUGUCCUUCCGGAUUGGGUUUCUCCAAAUCAUCUGGACUUUCUGAGUGACAGAUUCUAGAGAUUCUCCCCCACCAUUCCAGCAUCACCCCCCACCAGCCAUGGGAUUUGACUUUCAGAAGCAAAUCAGCUUUCCAUCCCAUUUUUCCUCUCUAGGUGUCAAGGCCUUGGAUAGUAGAGAAAGCAGAGAUAAACUCUUGAGAUGUCCAGUUGGCAUACGAAAGGAGUCUUCAUCUGUGCAAUCAUCCUCAGAGUGGUGGUUGUUUAAAUUUAUGGUUUGUUUAUUAUUUAAUGAGAAAGCAGAUGCCCCUAAAUUGAGGGACAGGGGCAGUAACACUUACUCUAAAGAUUUAACAAGUUCCACAAUGUUAUAUUUUGCUGUCCUUCAUUUCCCAAGACAAUGUAACCGGCGAUACGAUUCUGACAUUAUGCUUCUUUAACAGUUGUCAUGAAAGCGUAAAUCCUGUGAGGAAUACCGAUACUUUGCAUCUGAUCUUUUUUCCAUGGAAAUGAUUGUUAUCUUUUUUUAUAUCCCUCUGUGGUUAUUAGACAGAAACAUACUUUUUUAUGUAACCAGUAUUAUUUGGAAAUUAUGCUUUAAUUUUUCUAGUAGCAUGAAAGGAAUUUUUAAUUAACUGUGGCAAAUACUUGUCUUACCUGGAACAUUAUUGAAUUGUGACACCGUUUGUAGGGAUUAUUAAGUCGUAUAUCUAUUAGGAGCUCUCCAGAAGAGACUGAAGCACAAGAGUUUUACAUAUAUCUCUCCUGUUCCAAGUGCUGCUAGUCUGUAGUGCAUAUAAUGAAACUGUUGGGUAACAAGCCUAUUUAGCUGUUCACAAAGUUACUGUAACCUCUAAGGUAUUGUCUUGUUUCCCAUUUGUAUUAACACUUGAGGAUCAGUGGGAGUCUGUUUUUUUUUGGUAUUUAUUAAGCGCUUACUCUGUGCCAGGCACUGUUCUAAGCACUUAAUUAGAAAAACUAAGAAGGAAAACCAUUAACUCAGCCCUUUCAGACGGCUGAGGAUUCUAGAUGUGGUCUAGUUUUAUUUUCCAAGGUGCUGUGGGUUAACUUUCCAAGAAAAAUAUCGUUGCCAGUACCUAACAAAAAAUUGUUAUAGUCAAUACCAAUCUGUGCUACCGGCAUGACAAUCUGAUGUCUUCUGUGUAUGGUACUGCAUAGGCCUUGUCUGUUGAUGUAUCUGAAUUGCUUCAAACUGUUUGUUGAACAUGGGUGUUUGUUUUGUUUCAUCCUGUCCGAUAAACCUUUCCCAGCUUCGAGUCUGUGGCUAUUGAUGCUUCAUAGUCUGCGCAAGUGAUUUGAGCAAGGUUUUGGAAUAUUUCUUCAAGUCUUAUGAGCUGGCUCUUGGGGGUAUGUGAUCUGUCUUUACAAAAAAAAAAAAAAAGCAACCCUUUCAUUCUUUCCAUUUAGGAAAUGGGAAGUGCUUUUUUAAACUUCAGAGUUAACACUGUGAUUUGAUUCUGUAUAGGACAAUACAGAGGGACCAUGAUUUUGUGUUUUGUUCUGCUGAACAGUGCCUAGCACACUGGGCAUUCAAAGACUAAAUGAUAAUGAAAUGAAAAACUGUUAACGUUUGCCGCAUCGAGUGACGAGACUAUGAACGGUUUAAUUUUUUGCUGUCAGUUGUGUUUUGAAGACAUUUUCGUUUGGGUAAAUGUUCUCUAGGAAUGUGACCACACUCAUCAGUUGUGAACUAUUGUACAUUAAUUUUGUAUCCGGAAUCCACUAGUAAAUUAUGUGUAUCAUCAAUAUGAAAAUAAACAUAUUUGCUUAAG